AUGAUAAAACAACCUUGGAUUUUGAAAAGGGCUUCGGAAGAAUUGGACAUAGUGGUCGGAAGGGACAGAUUAGUUCAAGAAUCAGACUUAAAAGAUCUUAAUUAUGUGAAGGCUUGUGCAAGAGAGUCAUUCAGGCUCCAUCCUGUAUCACCUUUUAACGUUCCACAUGUAUCUACUGAGGAUGCAACUGUCGGUGGCUACUUCAUCCCAAAAGGUAGUCACGUGCUACUGAGUCGUCCUGGUCUUGGUCACAAUCCAAGAAUAUGGAAAGAGCCUCUCAGGUUUAAGCCAGAACGUCACCUCAAUAGUGAUGGCUCGGAAGUUGUUCUUACUGAUUCUAAAUUGAGAAUGUUAUCAUUCAGCACUGGAAUGCGAGGCUGUGCAGGUGUUUUACUUGGUUCCACCAUGACUACCAUGUUGUUAGCUAGGCUUAUUCACGGGUUCACUUGGAACGCCCCACCUGAUGUGCCAAUAGACUUGACCGAGUCUGAAAGUAACCUCUUGCUUGCUAAGCCAUUGCCAGCACUGGCAAAACUCCAGUUGUCUGAGCAUGUGUAUCAACAACUUGGAAAUUAA